AUGGCCAGCUACCAGACCUGCUCGCAGGUCUCCGAGCUCUGCCCGGUCGAAGCGACGACCUAUGGCUACUAUCCUAAUCUCGGAGGCAAUGUCUUCUUCGCCGUCUUCUUCGGUGUCCUUGGGCUGUGCCAAAUCGGGCUCGGAGUCUACUAUCGAACAUGGACAUUUAUGGUCGCGUUGGGAAUUGGAACGUGGAUGGAACUGGCGGGUUACAUCGGUCGAAUCUUGAUGCAUUACAACCCAUGGAAUGGCGGCGCCUUCAAGCUACAGAUCGUUUGCCUGGUGCUCUCUCCGACAUUUGUGGCUGCCGGUAUCUACCUCACUCUAAAGCACAUCUUACUCAACCUCGGACCGGAGUAUUCGAAAUUGAAGCCUCGCCUGUUCACCUGGAUUUUCAUCAGUUGCGACGUCGGUUCUUUACUUCUACAAGCCGCGGGAGGUGGCGUGGCCGCCGGUGCAGGCAACGACGAUGCCGCGAUGCUGAAAGCUGGCGACGACAUCAUUAUUGCCGGUAUUGCCUUCCAGGUGGCUACCAUGUCCGUGUGUGGUGUGCUCGCACUGCAAUUCUUCAUCAGUGUCGCGCGUCAUGGCAAUGGUCUGACCGGCGAGAAGAUCCCAGACGGCGGCAUAUCACCUAUCUCUGCCAGUCGGAUGCGACUGGUGAUUGGUUCGACGGUUUUCGCCUACUUUACCGUGUUGAUUCGAUGCAUCUAUCGUAUUCCUGAAAUGGCUGGUGGCUGGGGUAGCCCCCUGAUGCAGAAGGAGAAUGAGUUUUUGGUCCUCGAUGGAAUGAUGAUCGCCCUCGCAUGCUUGGCUUUCACUGCCUUCCACCCCGGCUUAUUCAUUCCGUCAAUGCGCACUGGAUUUAAGAAUCGUGUCUAG